AUGCCUUCCGCCAGGGAUUUGAAGCGUGCUCUGGACCGCGUCCGGACGGCCAUCCCGGCGCAAAGAAAGCUCGAGGGCGAUAGACGUAAUAUCCGUCUCGGCCUAGAACGAAUUACUAGGGCAAUCCAAAAGGAGCAAUCGUGGACAGGAGUGCAUGUCGGGGGGACCAACGGCAAAGGCUCAAUAUGUACGCUCCUUUCCUACAUGUUUAAGCUUUCCGGUGUUAGCCAUGGCGUCUUUACAUCCCCUUCUCUCUUUGGCUCGCGAAACGGAGUCGCAAUCAAUGGCAUGUAUCCGAACCAAAGGCUAUACGAGUCCGAGAUGAGAAACGUGCAGGCCCGGUUUCGCAAGGCCGCCUCCGGGUGGACGUUUCAGACCGGCGAGGAUCCCGGCGAGCUGACGCCCUUCGAGCUCGACACAGCUGUCGCUUUUCGCAUCUUCAACGCGCUGCACGUUAAAUACGGCAUUGUCGAGGUCGGAAUGGGCGGCACCUCAGAUGCCACCAACGCCAUGCAUGAGAAAGGCGUCACCGUGAUAUCCAAAAUUGGCCUCGACCACCAAGAGUAUCUGGGAAAUACGAUUGAAGAAAUCGCCAGCGUCAAAGCAGGAAUCAUGCGCCCAUUUGUUCCUUGCAUCAUCGAUCAUACCAAUUCGGUCGAGGUGCUUCGUGUGCUCACGGACCAUGCGCGCAGCAUCGGUGCACCAUAUUACUUGACCGACGACGCUGCCGAGUUGCUGAGCCCGAUUGACACCGACAAGUUUCAACUCGAGGAUUACGAGAAGCAGAAUCUACUGUGCGCGUUAUUAGCAUUCAAAAAGCUCUUCCCCAACAUGGAAAUCGACCUCAACAAGCUACUGUCAAAACGCCCAUAUCCACCUGGGCGAAAGGACCUAAUAUCUGUCCGCGACCUAACAAACGGGCUGCGAGAGCAGCCAGUCUUUGUCGACGGCGCCCACAACAUGCUCGGAGUGCAGGCUCUUUCCACCUACGUCGACAAUCAGAUGCGCCGGGGCGACGAGCCGGUAACCUGGAUCAUGGGCUUGUCUGCGAGCAAGACAAAGCCCUUUGCUUCUCUCAUCGAGACGCUGGUACGGCCGCAAGACCGCUUCGCCUUCGUCGAGUACCAGCCUCUCCCCAACGAGCCGGCCGCUGCGCCCGCGCCGCUCGGCCGCGAGAUCGCCGAGGCUAUCGUGGGCAGCAGCUCGCAGCAGCUCUACGAUGGCGACCCGAGCGUCGACGCCGCGCUGCAGUGGGCGUGUCGCCAGGCCGGCGAGGACGGGCACAUUAUCGUCACGGGAAGCCUGUACCUGAUCCGCGAGCUGUACAACACCGAGGGCGUGCACACGCGCCGCCGCUUCAAGACAAUGCGGCCGGGCCGCUCGCAGCUCUGGUACUACACGCAGCUCGCGCAGACGCGCGAGCUCACGCCCGACGAGGCGCGCGAGUUCAAGCAGGCCCGGCGCCACUGGCGCCUCAACCCGAUCCGCAGCGACGCCCUCGUCUCCGACGACGCCGACCGCGAGCAGCAGCCGCCGCCACGCACCUCCCCCGUCGUGUCCCCGGAGACGCGCGCCGUGCAGCGCUGCGCCGCUUACCACCAGAAGCAGGCCGCGCGCUACGCGCAGGCCAUCGAGUGCAUCGAACUCGACACAGAAAACGGCGUGCCUGACCGAAAGAAGAGUAAGGCGGCGGCGGCGGCAGUGGAGGCGACGCCGCUGCCGGGUCCGGAGCGCGUGGACAUACUAAGCACCGUCAAGGAGCUCAUCAGGCGCCAGGGCGAGCACAUUGCCGCGUACCAGGGCGCCAUGCACGAGCUGCGGGGCUACAAGGUCGCCAUACCCGAGAUGAAGUUUAUGAGCUACGCCAAGAUUUACGGGCGUCCGCCGGGCCCGUCGCGGCGCAAGUCGAAGGUGGCUUCGGCGCCCGAGGCGGAGCCGCAGUCGGAAACGCGGCUCCCCGAAGAGGCCAACCAGAGAGACAAUGAUCCAAAGCAAUGA